AUGGCUCCGACAUACGAUCCACAAGCGGAUCCUUCUGCGGCUUCUAUUACGGAGCUCAUCACCUCCUACCAUGAGCUCAAUUCUCAAACAAUCGACGAGCUCGACGAACAGCCCAGUCCCCUGGAGUUUAUGAGAUAUGUCGCCCGCAACCGCCCACUCGUAGUCAGAGGGGCCGCCGUCGACUGGCCAGCCUGCAAGAAAUGGAACUUCGAGUUCCUCGCCAACGGAGAAAUGGGCGGCGGAAAUGUCGGGGUGGCUAAGACACCUCACGGCGACGCCGAUGCACCCGUCGAGGUUUCUGGCAUGGGGCUCUGUUUCGUUCGGCCUCACUACGACAGCACAGAGUCUCUUGACAACGUCCUGGCAGAGAUCCGAGACCAGGAGGAGGACAAAGAAAGGGGGAACUCCCAGAUGUACGGCGCGUACUACGCCCAAACGCAGAACAACAACCUCCCAGAGGAGUACGAGGAACUAUACCGCGACGUCCCCGAGUCCAUCCCUUUCGCGCGCAUAGCGUUGCAGAAGAAACCCGACGCCGUGAACAUGUGGAUCGGCAACUCGCUCAGCACGACCGCGCUCCACAAAGACAACUACGAGAACAUCUUCGUGCAAAUCCUCGGGCAAAAGCACUUCGUGCUGCUCCCGCCAGUCGAGUCCGCCUGCGUAAACGAGCAGGAGCUCCCUGACGCGACCUACGUGCGUUUCGACGUGCCCCAGGAGGUCUACGACUACAACGACGCCCACGGUAUCCGCGACACGGUCAAUCUCGAGCCUGAACUCGACGACCCGCCGACAAAAACGACUUUCCCGACUUGGGAUCCUGAUAAUCCCACCCUGCGGCCUACGCCGUUCUCGCGUUUGUCUAGGCCCAUGCGUGUCACGCUCGAUGAGGGAGAUAUGCUCUAUCUUCCUGCGUUGUGGUAUCACAAGGUCUCUCAGACCUGUAAUAAGAAGGAGCGCCUCUGCAUCUCGGUCAACUACUGGUACGAUAUGGAAUUCAGCGGCUCGUUCUGGUCGCUCUGCAACUUCGCGCGGAGUGUUGGCUUGUCGGCCACGGCUACGGCGGCUGCGGCUACGGCUGCGGCGACGGCGGAACGGGAAGCAGAGAAUAGACGGACGGAUGAAGCGAGAGAAGAACAGACACGCGACGCCAUGCGGUGGGAUGACGAUUGA